AUGUCUGACGAAUAUGCAACAAACGGAUCCUUCACAGCAUAUUCGCUACAGGGAAAGUUUGUUGCAUGUGAUGUGAGAAGUGGGGGUGGUGUUGUAGGUGAUGUGAGAAGUGGGGGUGGUGUUUUAGCCUGUGAUGUGAGUAGUAGGGGUGGUGUUGUAAGUGAUGGGAGUAGUGGGGGUGGUGUUGUAGGCGAUGUGAUAAGUUGUGGUGGUGUUGUAGGUGAUGUGAGUAGUGAGGGUGGUGUUGUGAUGCAAGAAGUUUGGUGGUUUUUUGUUGGUGAUGCAGGAAGUUGUGGUGGUGUUGAAGGUGAUGCAAGAAGUUGUGGUGGUGGUGUUGGUGAUGCAAGAAGUUGUGGUGGUGCUGAAGGUGAUGCAAGAAGUUGUGGUGGUGUUGUUGGUAAUGCAAGAAGUUGUGGUGGUGUUGAAGGUGAUGCAAGAAGUUGUGGUGGUGUUGAAGGUGAUGCAAGAAGUUGUGGUGGUGUUGAAGGUGAUGUUAGAUUUUGUGGUGAUGUUGUUGGUAAUGCAGGAAGUUGUGGUGGUGUUGUUGGUGAUGCAAGAAGUUGUGGUGGUGUUGAAGGUGAUGCAAGAAGUUGUGGUGGUGUUGUUGGUGAUGCAAGACGUUGUGGUGGUGUUGUUGGUAAUGCAAGAAGUUGUGGUGGUGUUGUUGAUAAUGCAAGAAGUUGUGGUGGUGUUGUUGGUGAUGCAGGAAGUUGUGGUUGUGUUGAAGGUGAUGUGAGUAGUGGGGGUGGUGUUGUAGUUGGUGUGAGUAGUGGGGGUAGUGUUGUAGGUGAUGUGAGUAGUGGGGAUGGUGUUGUAGGUGAUGCAAGAAUCUGUGGAUGUGUUGUAGGUGAUGCAAGAAGUUGUAAUGGUGUUGUAGGUGAUGCAAGAAUUUGUGAUGCAAGAAGUUUGUGGUUUUUGUUGGUGAUGCAGGAAGUGUGGUGGUGUGAAGGUGAUGCAAGAAGUUGUGGUGGUGGUGUUGGUGAUGCAAGAAGUUGUGGUGGUGCUGAAGGUGAUGCAAGAAGUUGUGGUGGAAGUUGUGGUGGUGUUGUUGGUGAUGCAAGAAGUUGUGGUGGUGUUGAAGGUGAUGCAAGAAGUUGUGGUGGUGUUGUUGGUGAUGCAAGACGUUGUGGUGGUGUUGUUGGUAAUGCAAGAAGUUGUGGUGGUGUUGUUGAUAAUGCAAGAAGUUGUGGUGGUGUUGUUGGUGAUGCAGGAAGUUGUGGUUGUGUUGAAGGUGAUGUGAGUAGUGGGGGUGGUGUUGUAGUUGGUGUGAGUAGUGGGGGUAGUGUUGUAGGUGAUGUGAGUAGUGGGGAUGGUGUUGUAGGUGAUGUGAGUAGUGGGGGUAGUGUUGUAGGUGAUGUGAGUAGUGGGGGUAGUGUUGUAGGUGAUGCAAGAAGUUGUGGUGGUGUUGUAGGUGAUGUGAGUAGUGGGGGUAGUGUUGUAGGUGAUGUGAGUAGUGGGGGUGGUGUUGUAGGUGAUGCAAGAAGCUGUGGUAGUGUUGUAGGUGAUGCAAGAAGUUGUAAUGGUGUUGUAGGUGAUGCAAGAAUCUGUGGAUGUGUUGUAGGUGAUGCAAGAAGUUGUAAUGGUGUUGUAGGUGUUGCAAGAAAUUGUAAUGGUGUUGUAGGUGAUGUAAGAAGCUCUGGUGGUGUUGUGAUGCAAGAAGUUGUGGUGGUGUUGAAGGGUGAUGCAAGAAGUUGUGGUGGUGUUGUUGGUGAUGCAAGAAGUUGUGGUUUUGUUGAAGGUGACGCAAGAAGUUGUGGUGGUGUUGUGAUGCAAGAAGUUGUGGUGGUAUUGAAGGUGAUGCAAGAAGUUUGGUGGUUUUUUGUUGGUGAUGCAGGAAGUUGUGGUGGUGUUGAAGGUGAUGCAAGAAGUUGUGGUGGUGGUGUUGGUGAUGCAAGAAGUUGUGGUGGUGCUGAAGGUGAUGCAAGAAGUUGUGGUGGUGUUGUUGGUAAUGCAAGAAGUUGUGGUGGUGUUGAAGGUGAUGCAAGAAGUUGUGGUGGUGUUGAAGGUGAUGCAAGAAGUUGUGGUGGUGUUGAAGGUGAUGUUAGAUUUUGUGGUGAUGUUGUUGGUAAUGCAGGAAGUUGUGGUGGUGUUGUUGGUGAUGCAAGAAGUUGUGGUGGUGUUGAAGGUGAUGCAAGAAGUUGUGGUGGUGUUGUUGGUGAUGCAAGACGUUGUGGUGGUGUUGUUGGUAAUGCAAGAAGUUGUGGUGGUGUUGUUGAUAAUGCAAGAAGUUGUGGUGGUGUUGUUGGUGAUGCAGGAAGUUGUGGUUGUGUUGAAGGUGAUGUGAGUAGUGGGGGUGGUGUUGUAGUUGGUGUGAGUAGUGGGGUAGUGUUUGAUGCAAGCAGUUGUGGUGGUGUUGUAGGUGAUGUGAGUAGUGGGGGUAGUGUUGUAGGUGAUGUGAGUAGUGGGGGUAGUGGUUGUGAUGUGAGUAGUGGGGGUGGUGUUGUAGGUGAUGCGAGAAGCUGUGGUAGUGUUGUAGGUGAUGCAAGAAGUUGUAGUGGUGUAGUAGGUGAUGCAAGAAGUUGUGAUGGUGAUGCAAGAAGCUGUGGUAGUGUUGUAGGUGAUGCAAGAAGUUGUAAUGGUGUUGUAGGUGAUGCAAGAAUCUGUGGAUGUGUUGUAGGUGAUGCAAGAAGUUGUAAUGGUGUUGUAGGUGAUGCAAGAAAUUGUAAUGGUGUUGUAGGUGAUGUAAGAAGCUCUGGUGGUGUUGUAGGUGAUGCAAGAAGUUGUGGUGGUGUUGAAGGUGACGGAAGAAGUUGUGGUGGUGUUGUAGGUGAUGAAGGAAGUUGUGGUGAUGUUGAAGGUGAUGCAAGAAGUUGUGGUGGUGUUGAAGGUGAUGCAAGAAGUUUGGUGGUUUUUUGUUGGUGA